AUGGGAAACUCUUGCAUGGCAGCAUCGUCAAUGGAAUGGGAUGGAGAGGACUGGGAAGAAUCUUUGAAGCAGCCAAAGCAAUGUUCAUCAUCAUCAUCAUCAUCAAGUAAGGUGUUUGACCAAACUUCUCAUCUUGAUCACCAUCAGAAUAAGGAGAAUGAUGUUUUAGGAAAGCUUAGAGAUUCUUGUAAUGUAAAUGGGAAAAUCACGUUGAAGAUUUCAAAGAGUGAGCUAGCUGAAUUAUUGGGAGCGAUACAACAGAAUAAUAAUAAUCAAGAGCCGCAGAAACAGAUGAAGAUGAAGAAGAAGGAAUUAAGUUCUGCAGAACAAGUUCUUUAUCGGAUAAUAAAAGCUAGAGACCAUGAAAUUGCAAAUAAGCAUCAUUGGAGUAGUCAUUGGAAACCGGUUUUAGAGACUAUUCCUGAAUGUUAAUUAAUUAGCA